AUGGAGAAGUUCUACGAAGGGCUGGAUCCAGUGAGGCAAUCACUUGCAAACAAUGCAGCAGAUGGUUGUUUUAUGAAUAAAUCUUACCGCAGAGUGACCCACACACUUGAUAGGCUGACUACGUACAAUCAGGCUUGGCACUCAAACAAUGAUGAUAUUAUGCCUUAUGGUAGUGUCAUGAUCCAGAAUAUGGUGAAGGAGAAUCAAGAUACCCAACAGACAUUGGCUGAGCUUGCAACAAAUAUUUCCUUGCUAACCAAGAAGCUUGAUGAUACCCAGAUCAAGAAGGUAAAUGUUUGCGAAGAUGACUCAGUUAUGCCGAAAGGGAUGUAUCAGGUCCAAGAUGGUCCAUUUCACAAGGGACCUCCUAUGCAGGUUGAAGAUGCAAAUUAUGUGAACAAUCCUAAAGGGGGUUAUCAAAGGCAGAACUACCAUGGUAGUUACCAGAAUCAGAAUCAAUGGAGACCUCAGCAGGGUCAGGGUGCUUACAACAACAACAACAACAACUCAGGGAGCUACAAUAAUAAUUAUGGCGAGCAUGGUAGUUCGAGGGAUGAAGCAAUGCUUGAGAAAGUUCUGGAAAACCAAUCAAAAUUUGAAAGAACAUUAUCUGGGCUAGCAAAGACCGUGGGUUCUCAUACAACAGCUAUUCAAAAGCUCGAGUCACAGAUACGUGAUAUUUCUAGAGAGAAACACCCUCCUAAAAAAGGAGGACUUCUUAGUGACACUAUUCCAAAUCCGAAGAAUGGGGGAGGCGGUGCUGCUGAUAUUCCAGAGAUUUCGAAGGAGGCUGAUGAUAAAAGCAAGCAAGCUCUGAAGCAGUUGUCUCUGAAUUUCCCCUUCUUGGAAGCUGUCAAGGAGAUGCCUAGUUUUGCUAAAUACUUAAAGGACCUGCUGACCAAGAAGAAAAUUGUGCAAGAUGAAGCUGUGAUUUUGACUCACACUGUGAGUUCCAUCAUUUCAACAACUACUGUCCAGAAAAACGGCGAUCCUGGGGCGUUCACUAUUCCUUGUUCUAUUGGACACCAUGACUUUUCUUGUGCUUUGUCUGAUAAUGGAGCGAGUAUUAAUUUGAUGCCACUUGCUAUAUACAAGCAAUCCGGUUUGGGGAUCCAAGGCCAACUACUAUAG